AUGUCCGACGUUACAGAGCAGACUGCGCCUGUCGUGGACAAGGCCGCUGCCACAUCCAACGAGUCGCUCGCACCUCCUGCUGACGAUGUCGCCAACGUUACUGAAAAAGUAGAGUCUGCUACUAUCACACCUGCUAUCGGCACUCCCAGCGUCGGCACCCCCAACACCGACUUUCUCAUUGCGAACGACCAAGACCCCAACAGUAAGAAGGUUACUCUUGCUGACCUGUCCGCGAAGGGCGCUGCUUUGUACGCCCGCAAGAGCUACGAGGAGGCCGCCGAGGUGUUCUCCCGAGCCAGCAUCCUCCAAGCUGAGCUCAAUGGUGAGACGUCACCCGACAAUGCCGAAAUCCUCUUCCACUAUGGUCGCAGCCUGUUCAAGGUUGGUCAAAGUAAAAGCGAUGUUCUCGGAGGCACUGCCGCCCCCGAGAAGAAGAAGGAGAGUGCCGAGACCAAGCCCAAGAAGUCCGCCCAAGCCGAAACCGAGAAGGUGACACAAGAAGGCGUUGGCAUCGUCGCCGAGCAAAAGGAAGGAGAAAAGAAGCCAGAAGACAUCAAGGGAGAUAAGAAGGCCCUGUUCCAGUUCACUGGCGACGAGAACUUUGAUGAGUCAGACGAAGAAGAGAAUGCCGAAGGCGACGAGGAUGAGGAAGAAGACGACGAUUUGGCUACCGCUUUUGAGAUUCUCGACCUUGCUCGGGUGUGUUACCUGAAGCGACUUGAAGCACUCGAGAAAGAGGAGCAGGAGGAGAGUGGCAAAGGCAAGGAGGCCGCAGAGGGCGAUUCACCCGUCAUGCGACAUGUGAAGGAGCGUCUCGCUGACACUCAUGAUGCCCUCUCUGAGAUCUCCCUCGAGAAUGAACGCUAUCCCAAUGCCAUCGAAGACGGCCGAACAUCACUCAAGUACAAGCUUGAGCUGUACCCUGAGGAGUCUGAGAUUAUCGCCGAAGCUCAUUUCAAGCUUUCUUUGGCUCUGGAAUUUGCUUCAGUCACCACACCCGGUGACGAUGGCGCGAACGCUAAACGAGAGGAGAUGGACCAAGGUCUGCGUGACGAAGCCAUCAAGGAGAUGGAACUGGCCAUCAAGAGUUCCAAGCUCAAGCUCCAGAAUAAGGAGGUAGAGCUAGCUACAAUGGCUUCUCCCGAGGACAACGAAUUGGCGCGAAAGUCAAUACAGGAGAUGAAGGAAGUCAUUGGUGAUAUGGAGCAACGUCUUGUCGACCUGCGCAAUGACCCUGUCGACACUAAGGAUAUUCUUGGCGCCGAUGCAUCCAUCGGUGGCAUUCUCGGUGCUGCCAUUGGCGAGUCCGCCGCUGAGACCAAGGCCCGGGUCGAGGAGGCCAAAAAGACUGCUACCGACCUCAGCGGAUUGGUCCGCAAGAAGAACAAGGAGGAGACUGCCACAGAAGCUGCCCCCGAGCCCGCACCGGAAGCUGAGGCUAACGGUAAGCGAAAGGCCGAGGAGCCCGCUGAAGAUGCUGAGGCGAAGAAGACCAAGGUGGAAGCCUAG